AUGUCUUGCUUGCCAAUUGCUCCUUUCCCCCAGACUGAUCCCGUUCCCGUUGACCUUACCCCCCGAGAAGCACAAGAGAAGAGAAGCCCGGCCUUUUGUCAAUCCGUCUCUUUUCUUGUACACUCCCUCCCCCAGACCUGA